GUCGUUUUGGGGUUAGAGGAAAAAGACCGGAGGGGAUGGGCUGUUCAACAAACACUAUUCUUACUUUUUUCCUAGAUAUGCAUGCCAAGAUGUUUGCUGGCCUGUUUCUGACCAUUCUUCUCAGCAUCAGCUUUUUAAGAUCUGAAUCUCAAGCAAAGGUUGUUCCAGGACAAGACAGGAUACAAAGAGGUGGGGGACCUGUCCGGCGGGACUGGCCAAUGCAGCUGACCCAGGACCAGAAACAUUUGAUCUCCCAGUUCUUGCCUCACCUGUAUCACUCUGAACUUGCUGCUUUGGGAAAUAAUCUGAAUGAGGACGAUAUGCAUUUUCCAAACUGGAUGGAUUUUGGACGAAGAAGUUCUGAAGAUCAGGAUGGAGAUGCCUAG